UCGCGCGCCGGGGGAGGAUUGGGAGCCGCGGGCCGAUAGGCGCCGAGGUCUCCGGUAACCCCGGCUGGGCGGGGACAGGGCAGGGAGCCCCCCCCCGCCCCGUCCAGAGUGCUGGGUCACGGCCCGGACCUGGAGCGGGAGCCCUAGAGACGCUCGGUACUCGCUUCCUCUCCGAGUAGGCUGCGCCAGGCCCGGCGAUGGAGUUUCCGGACCUUGGGGCUCACUGUUCCGAGCCGAGCUGUCAGCGCUUGGAUUUUCUGCCGCUCAAGUGCGACGCUUGCUCGGGUAUCUUCUGCGCAGACCAUGUGGCCUACUCCCAGCAUCGCUGUGGAUCUGCUUACCAAAAGGAUAUCCAGGUGCCAGUGUGCCCACUCUGUAAUGUGCCUGUGCCUGUGGCCAGAGGGGAACCCCCUGACCGCGCUGUGGGGGAGCACAUUGACAGAGACUGUCGCUCUGAUCCUGCACAGCAAAAAAGGAAGAUCUUCACCAAUAAGUGUGAACGCUCUGGCUGCCGGCAGCGAGAAAUGAUGAAACUGACCUGUGAUCGCUGUGGCCGAAACUUCUGCAUCAAGCACCGUCACCCACUGGACCAUGAUUGCUCUCGGGAGGGGCCUCCUACCAGCCGGGCAGGACUUGCUGCCAUCUCCAGAGCACAAGGUCUGGCUUCUACGAGCACCGUCCCCAGCGCAAGUCAGACCUUGGCUUCAUCUACCUCUCCCAGCAGAGCCACAAUUCAUUCUCCAUCCCGGACAGCCCCUCCAGUGAUUGCUUUGCAGAAUGGCUUGAGUGAGGAUGAGGCUCUGCAACGAGCCCUGGAACUGUCGCUGGCAGAGACCAAGUCCCAGGUCCCUAGUUCUCAGGAGGAAGAAGACUUAGCGUUAGCACAGGCACUCUCAGCCAGUGAGGCGGAAUACCAACGGCAGCAGUAUGACUCCAGACCACGCUGAACUGCUCUGAAGGGCUGUCCCCUCGUUUCCUUGACAUCACGCCCUGUCUCCCCCUCCUUUCCCUCUCCUUGCUCCAGGCCCAGAGCCGCAGCUUGAAGCCGUCUACCUGCAGCCUGUGCUAGGGCCUGGGCUUGGGGAGGGAGGAUCAACGGAGGAGGACUGUGGCCCUCACUCGUCUAGGGUCCCCAGGGAGAGGAGGCUCUGAGCAGCCUGGAGUGGAGAGACAGGCAGGAGUGAUGUGAAGGCCGCCUCCUGGAGCAUCAGGAGAAACAGCCGGUGGAGCUGAGCUUACAGAGGCCUUGUGAGACUCUCCAGCUGCAGGGGAGAGAGUGGCUCUAAACUGUGCCCUGGCUGGGCCCUUGGUGGAUGGCGGGCAGGUCCUCCUCAGCCCCUGUCAUCAUGUCUUCCCCCUUACGCCAGGGUUGCCCCCACGUGUAGUAGGCAGGGAGGAGCCUGGGAAGAAUAAAGGAUCUUGGCAAUCAGUAAAGCAUCCAGGUCUAUGCAUUUCUUUCCCCUCUCCACCCAGAGCCACAAGGGUCUUGUCAGGAAUGCUCACCUGACCUCAGGUGGAGGCCCACUACAAUGCCCCACUGCCACAAAGCCACAGUGGUCACAACACAGUCCACACUUUUAUUUAUCUAAGGAAGGCUUUUUCUGAAAG